AAACCCUUCCGCUCAAAAAUAUCUUCACUGCUAGGGUUUUGCAGUUCUUCCCUCACAAUCCGAGUCCCUUGCUUUUUCUGUAGUAUCUAUAUCUAUCGCCUGCCAUGGGAAAAUCAAGCAAGAAGUCGACCCCCAAAGUCGAAGCAGCUCCUGCUCUUGUCCAACCUACGUCCGCGAAGAAGAAAGGUAAGAGUAAGAGAGAAGCUGAAAAUACUCCUGAAAAGCAAGCAGUCGUGAAGAAGCAGAAGAAAAAUGAUGGAGUGGCACAGGCUAUUCAAAAGGAGAAGGUGGAAGCAAAGACCCAGAAGAAGAAGAUAGAGGAAACCAGCAGUUCAGAAGACUCUUCUGAUUCCGAGGAUGAAAAGGAAUCUGCUGCCCAGAAGAAACAGGCGGCCAAAAAUGGGCCCCUUUCACUGCCUGCUAAGAAAGGGAAACAAGAUAGCAGUUCUUCAGACUCUAGUAGUGAGGAUUCAUCUUCCGAUGAAGAAGCUGCUCCCAAGAAGCAGGAACCAGUUACUGCCAAAAAUGGCUCUAUGGGGGCACCUACUAAGAAAGGGAAGCAAGCUAGCAGUUCUGGAAGUGAUGAUUCAUCAGAAUCUGAAAGUGAUGAUUCAUCCUCAGAUGAGGAACCCACUGCAAAGAAACCUGCUAAGAAUGGCUCUGCCGGAGCACCUGCUAAAAAAGAGAAACCUGCCAGCAGUUCAGAUUCUUCUUCUGAUGAUUCUGAUUCCGAAGAGGGGCCUGAUGUCAAAUCAAAACAAAUUGCUGUGAAAAAUGGUUCCAGUGGUGCCUCAGUGAAGAAAGGCAAGCCUUCUAGCAGCUCAGAGUCAGAUAGCAGUUCAGAAGAGGAUAGCAGCUCAGAUGAAGAAGAAAACAAGUCUAAGCCUGCCACCCAAUUGCCAAAAGGAGCUUCUACUAUUGUCAAAAAGAAGCAAGAAGAAUCAAGUUCAGAUGAAAGUUCUUCAGAGUCAGAUGAGGAUAAUGUUGAGAAAUCAAGUGCUCCAGCCCAUAAGAAAGAUGUAGAUUCUCGUACCAGCUCCUCUGAUGAGAGUGAGUCUGAAGAAGAGGAGGCUCCAACCAAGACUCCUGUUGCUGCAAAACGGCCAGCUCCUACUGUUGGCAGUAAACAGUCCAAACAGGAGAGUGAUGAAAGUGAGGAUGAUAGCUCUGAGGAAAGUGAUGAUAGUGAUGACGAACCGGCAACGAAAAAGUCAAAGGUCAUGGCAAAUGCUGGGAAAACUGUUGCUAAGGCAGUUGAAGAUGAUAGCAUUAGUGGAGAGGAAGAAUCAUCUGAUGAUGAUGAGGAAAGUGAUGAUGAAGAAGCUUCCAAGCCUAAGAAAAAUGACACUGAUGUGGAGAUGGUAGAUGAUGCGACACCAAAGAACAAGCAGCUGGAUUCAAAGUCUGGAAAGAAAACUCUGCAGACACCUGUUACUCCUCCAAGUCAAAGCACAGGAUCAAAAACACUAUUUGUUGGUAACCUGCCUUUUCAAGUCGAACGGUCUGAUGUGGAGGAGUUUUUCAAAGGUGUUGGUGAGAUUGUUGAUAUUCGUUUUAGUACUGAUGCUGAAGGAAAUUUUAAGGGCUUUGGGCAUGUUGAGUUUGCCACUGAAGAAGCUGCACAAAUGGCUUUUAAGGAAUUGAGUGGUCAAUAUUUGAUGAAUCGCCCUCUGAGACUUGAUUUUGCUCGUGAAAGGGGUGCAUAUACUCCAUUUAGUGGCAAAGAGAGCAAUUCGUUCCAGAGGGGAGGUAAAGGUCAGUCACAUACAGUGUUUGUCAGAGGGUUUGAUGCAUCUCUUGGAGAGGAGGAGGCUAGAAGUGCCUUGGAAGAGCAUUUUGGUUCUUGUGGAGAGAUUACAAGGGUUGCAAUUCCAGUUGAUCGUGACACUGGUGCCAUUAAAGGGUAUGCUUAUUUAGAUUUCAAAGAUGGUGAUAGUUUCUCCAGUGCUCUAGAGCUUAACAAUACAGAACUUAAAAAUAAUUACUUGACUGUGGAAGAGGCAAAACCAAGAGGUGAUUUCCGUGACAGUGCGGGUGGUGGCCGAGGUGGCCGAAGUGGUGGAAGAAGUGCAGGUGGACGAGGUGGUGGGGGAAGGUUUGGUGGGAGAGAUGGUGGUCGUGGUGGUAGACGUGGUGGUGGCCGAGGUGGUGGUAGGGGACGCGGAACACCAAGGCCAAACUUUGCAGCCGCUGGAACAGGAAAGAAAACAACCUUCGGUGAUGAGGAUUAAACCAAGCUUGGAGUUUGUUGGUUCUCACACAAUUUGUCCUCAAUCCUAUCUCAACUUAGCUAAAGCUAUUAAUUUUGGUAGAUUGCUUGUUUUUCAUGUUUGUUUUCGCCACAGUUAACUUAUUUUUUUGGGUUGAAUCUUUGUUAUCUUGUUUGAAUGCUGACAUUCUAAGACUUGAUUCGCGCAUUAUAUGUUUCAGUGAUAAUUGCUGUUUGGCAAUUAUCUCAAUUAUUUUGAUUU